AUGAAGUGUGUCAUUGGGGGGGCCCACCUCAGAGUGUUUGGGAGAGCCAUAUGUGCCAUCGCACGUAUUAGCGAUGAAUUCUGGUUUGACCCCACAGAAAAAGGUCUUGCCUUAAGAUCAGUGAAUUCUUCAAGGUCAGCAUAUGCCUGUGUCUUCUUCUCAUCUAUGUUUUUUCAACAUUACUGCUGGACAGCUGUGUCUCAACCACGUCAGAAGGAAAAACAGUUAUCCCUUCCGUGUAAAUUGAUAAUUAAGUCAGUUCUUCCUGUAUUUAGAUGCGUACAUGUGCUGCAAAGGAAUGUAGAGAAAUGCAGCAUUUAUACAAAUAUUAAGGAUCAUUACAUAACUUUUCAGCUCCUCUGCAAACAUGGUGUUGUAAAGACAUAUAAUCUGACUUUUCAAGAAUGUGAUCCGUUGCAGGCUGUUUUUGCAAAGCACCUGUGUCCAAACAUACUUAAAGUCCACUCCAGGCUGCUGGCUGAGAUAAUGAUUCACUUUCCGACCAGCCAAGAAGAAGUAACCUUAUCAGUUACGCCACUGACAGUUUGUUUCAAGAGUUACACUGAGGAAGACACCGAUUUUUCAAAGACAAUGCUUACCGAAAUACAACUAAGUCCAGAUGAAUUUGACUACUUUCAAGUUGGAGUAGAUUCUGAAGUGACGUUUUGCCUUAAAGAACUGAGGGGACUGCUAGCAUUUUCAGAAGCUGCCAGCGUUCCUGUCUCAAUCCAUUUUGACGCAUCUGGAAAACCAAUUGCUUUCAGCAUUGAAGACAUGGUGCUGGAAGCCAGCUUUAUUUUGGCUACCUUGUCUGCCGCGGAAGAGGAGCCGGCGUCCCCGCAGCCUCCCUGCUUCUCCCCGUGGCAGGACAGCUCGAAGACCUGGACGGGUGACUCUGAGCAACCCCCUGCGGGUGGAGGGAGCCGUGCAGCAGCGGUUGCCUCCAGAAAGCCCCAGGGGAACAGAAACGCGCUGAACAGAGGGUCAGCGAAACCUGCGAGUCCUUCAGCAAAACACAAGAUGAGAAAUAUUCCCAGAGUCACAGAGAGGGAGACAACGGGCGUGGAAGGAACGGCCGAGGCAGAGCAGCACGCAGGGCUGGAAGGAGAGGCAACCGCGUCUCGGUGCCAGCAGUGGGUAUCGUGUGCAGUUGCUAACUUCUACAAACAUUGCAUUUUCCAGUUUAAUUCCUUGUUUUUUGGAGCAGUUUCUUGUAAGGAGAAGGAUGCCAUCGGUCACACCCUCUGUAGUUUAGCAACGGCUAGCGACAGCGAGGAGGAUUUUGGCCAUGUGCAGAGCUCCCAGGUUCCCUAG